AUGGAUUGUUGGGGGAAAAUGAAAAGCAGUGGAUGGAUUUUUCCUACCUUCCUCCUUUGCAUAUAUGGCUUCUUCUCCAUGAUGAGACCAUCUGAGCCUUUCCUCACACCUUACCUCACAGGACCUGAUAAAAACCUGACCAUUGACGAGGUAACACAGCAUGUGUUCCCAGUUUGGACAUACUCCUAUCUUGCUCUGCUGUUCCCUGUGUUCCUCAUUACAGACUACGUCCGCUAUAAGCCUGUUAUUAUUCUCCAGGGAAUUAGCUUUAUUGUUACCUGGCUGUUGCUGCUGUUUGCCCAUGGGCUGCUGUCCAUGCAACUGGUGGAGUUUUUCUACGGACUCGUGACAGCCACAGAGGUUGCCUAUUAUGCCUACAUAUACAGUGUGGUCACUGCUGACCAUUACCAGAAGGCGACAGGUUACUGCAGAAGCAUCACGCUAGUGGCAUCCACCAUGGGUUCCCUCCUGGGGCAACUCUUAGUUUCUUUAGCUCACGUGUCUUAUUUUUAUCUCAAUGCCAUAUCUUUGGCUUCUGUCUCGGUGGCAUUUCUAUCUUCAUUUUUUCUGCCCAUGCCUCAAAAAAGCAUGUUCUUUCAUAGAAAGCCUUCCCCCGAAGCCUCCACUGGGCCAGCAAAUAAGGAUGCACCAAAUGCAUCACAGCAGUCACACUACCAAGAGGACAAAGACGUUAGGAUGUCAACAGCCUGCUCCCAGAACUUACCUGAACACGUGGGACCCAGAAUUCAAAGCCAGCACCACUUUUUGGCGGUGCUCUGGCAACUGUGUAAGGACUUGAAGGAAUGCUACACCACAAAGAAGCUUCUUUAUUGGUCAAUAUGGUGGGCAUUAGCCACUGCAGGCUUUAACCAGAUUUUGAAUUAUGUCCAAGUACUGUGGGAUAACAAAGCUCCUUCCCAUAGUUCUGAUGUUUACAAUGGAGCUGUUGAAGCCAUAGCAACAUUUUUGAGCUCACUGGCAUCAUUAGUGGUGGGAUAUCUGAAAGUGAACUGGGAUCUAACAGGAGAGCUGGCACUGGGGGUUUUCUCUGCACUGGAUGCUGGUUCACUCUUUCUGAUGUGUUUCACCAAGAGCAUCUGGGUCUGUUAUGCUGGCUAUCUAGUUUUCAAAGCCUGUUACAUGUUCCUUAUAACUAUAGCCACUUUCCAGAUUGCUGUCAGCCUCAGCAUGGAACGUUAUGCCUUGAUGUUUGGAUUCAACAACUUUGUUGCGCUGCUAAUUCAAACUAUUGUGACCUUUAUAGUGGUGGAUUCCAAAGGGCUGGGACUGAAUAUUGGGACUCAGUUCCUAAUAUAUGGCAGUUACUUUGCAGUGAUAGCUGGAGUUUUCCUAAGCAGAAGCAUUUACAUUAUAAUCUCAAUCAAGUGCCAAAAGAACCACGUUCUUGAAAAUCCUCAGAAGACUGGGGCAAAAGAGCUGGGAACAGAAAGCUGUGGCACGAGACUGUGAAACUUAAUGUUAACUAAUGCCAACUCAGCCAUUUAUUUGAGAACUUGCACAAAAGUAGGGCUGAGUUAUACCAAUAUAAAUGUAUCAAGUCACAACUUAAAAUGUGAAGCCAACUUAUAAUUUAUGUGAAGUUAUUUUCAUCUGACUAAAAACCAUAGCAUUAUGUGGUUUGAAAAAGAGUAUGACAUUUUUAGCCAUAUUUAUUUCAGAAUCAAUCUUCCUAGUAGCU